CACCAACUCUUCUCUACAAAAACUUUACCGAAUCCUCUCAUCUUGAUCAACUUCCAGACUACCUGAACUCAGACAACACUUCACCCACUUCAUCAUGUCUAACAUCCUCAAUAAGGUCACCACAAAGGCCGAAGAGCUCCUCCACAAGCACAACACCACCAACAACCCUAACACUGCCCAUACUGCUACCGGUACCACUACAACUACACACGGAACCACAACCACAGCUCCACAUACCGGUGCUACACACCAAGGCCACUCUCACGGUGAUCCAACCGGCAUCUCGUCAACAGGAGCUGGUUUCGGAACAAACCACGGCACCUCGACCAACGCUGGCCCUCACAACAGCAAUGUUGCAAACAAGCUCGACCCGCGCGUAGACUCCGACCGUGACGGCCGUGCUGCUCACACCGGUACUGGCUACGGCUCUACCCAUCAGACUACCGGCACCACAGGUGCGUACGGCGCGAACGAGAAUAUCCACAGCUCCAACCACGGCCCACACAGCUCCAACCUCGCCAACAAGCUCGACCCCCGCGUCGACUCGGACCGUGACGGCAACCGCACUGCUCCAGGAGGUGGUGACCCAUCAUACGGUACUCCGGGUGCUCAUACAGGUACCUCGCACAGUGGAACUGGUAUCGGAGGUGUAGGCCACGGCACUACUCAGCACUCCACCUUUACCCCUGGCACGCACACCGGCACGCACACCGGUGCAUACGGCAAUGAGAACCCCAACAGCACAAACCAUGGCCCGCACGGAUCUAACCUCAUGAACAAAGUCGAUCCUCGCGUCGAUUCCGACCGCGAUGGAAACCGCACUGCUCCCGGUGGCGGUGACCCCUCGUACGGUGCUCCAGGCGCACACACGGGUAAUACAUAUGGCACUCAGCACGGUACCACACAUGGCGGCAACUCUGGCUUUGGCACGACUGGUACGUCAUCGUCCUACACGCCCGGAUCUGGCAAUGCGUCCAACACUGCUGGUCCGCACGACUCGAACCUCCUAAACAAGCUUGAUCCUCGCGUUGACUCGGACCGUGAUGGAUCAAAGACGACUGGCGGAAAUGCUACCUACAGGUAGAUGGAUGGUCAGGAUCUCGUGUGUUAGCGAUGGCGGACUUGCGAUGGAUUCUCUUAUAUGCUGUAUUUACUAUAUCCAUGAUGAACUUUCUUCUAUGACGGGAUGUUGAUUGAGGCGAGCAUCUGGGAGGAAUUGAUGCUGAAAUGCUUUGCACGGCAUAUCGGAUGAAUGAAAAUGAAUUGCACGAAUGCGAGUUUGACUACCUCGAUUGAGUGUUUGUACGUGUUUGUGAUGGGUGCGUAUUUGACGAAUCUUCUUCAAUGCUGAAAAGUCUUCUUCCUUCCUACUUGUAACUUGAAUGAGAAGUAUGUUGCACUGCCUUACCUG